CACAAGUGAGCCUGUUCGACAUUGAUCUCUGAGCUGUGGUUGUCGCACAGCAAAGCGGGUCACUCAUUUCCUGAAGAGUGCAACUGUGCCCCAAAGGUCUGGAUGCCUGCAUAAUGACAAAACUAUGAAGAGAUUAUAUAUAACAACAUGACAGAGGAUUUCAAAACUACAAGUUGCAACAUUUAAGAAGAAUAGUGAACUAUUGUAACAUUUUCAGUCAGGGACUGUCCUUUGUGUAUGAUGUUUUCCUGUCGGUUUUAAUGGCUCAAAUGCAAACAACAACACUUCUUCAUUUACAAACCAUUUUGUAUGGUUGUUUUUUCUUAUUUAUUUAAUGAUUCGAUUUUUUUUUUUUUCCACCUUCCUUUUUGGUCUUAUCCGUUUGACCUUAUAUCAUCACUCCACCUUUGGUUCUCCAACCUUGUGGUCUUUACCCCUCUGUUUCUGCAUCAAACCAUUCCACAAACACUCCCUUCUGAUUGGAGAUCGCAGCAUUCACUGUAGCCCCCCUUGCAAUGGAGGACAGUGACCAUGAAAUUCCAUCUUCAUCAGACGAGCGGGACUCCUGUCCCGUCUCCCCAAAUCCAAGCGGGGACUGUGAUAUCGACCAGCAUUCGAGCCAUUCCGAUGACUUUGAGGUGGAGAAUAUUAUGCAAGAACCUCACCAUCAUUUAGAACAUGACCACCUCGAGCCCCAGCAUGACCACAGUCCACAGCACCACCAUCAUGAACGAGAGGCCCAUGAUGCAGUCGAAGUAGCUGAGGGUCAAGACCACCCUAACGCUCCGUCAUCUUUGCGCCCCCCUGUGGCGGGUAUGGCCCAGCCGGAUUUGGGUUCUGAGCCCGCUUUGCCUUUGAUUGUGGAGUUCGAUGUGCCCUUCCCCGUCAGUCCCUCCAGGCCCAAAAGUCCAUGGGCCCGUUUUGACCCUUACAGCAAUAAUGAGGAUCAAGACAAGGAAUAUGUAGGUUUUGCAACACUCCCAAACCAGGUGCACCGCAAAUCAGUCAAGAAAGGAUUCGACUUCACACUCAUGGUAGCAGGGGAGUCUGGUCUUGGAAAAUCUACCUUGGUCAACAGUCUCUUCCUUACAGAUCUUUACAAAGAUAGGAAGCUGCUCAAUGCUGAAGAACGAAUCAUGCAAACAGUAGAAAUCACCAAGCACACUGUAGAUAUAGAAGAAAAGGGUGUCAAACUCAAGCUGACCAUUGUGGACACUCCGGGCUUUGGUGAUGCAGUCAACAACACAGAAUGCUGGAAGCCAGUGGCCGACUAUAUCGACCAGCAGUUCGAGCAAUACUUCCGGGAUGAAAGCGGCCUCAACCGUAAAAACAUCCAGGACAACCGCGUGCACUGCUGCCUCUACUUCAUCUCCCCCUUCGGCCAUGGCCUUCGACCACUGGAUGUGGAAUUCAUGAGAGCCCUGCAUGAGAAGGUGAACAUUGUUCCAGUCUUGGCCAAAGCAGACACACUCACCCCAAGUGAGGUCAAGAAGAAGAAAAUCAAGAUUAGAGAAGAGAUCGAGCAAUACGGUAUUAAGAUUUAUCAGUUCCCCGACUGCGACUCUGAUGAAGACGACGACUUCAAGCAACAGGAUCACGAGCUGAAGGAAAGCAUUCCAUUUGCAGUCAUUGGCAGCAACACUGUGGUGGAAGCCAAAGGGAAGAGAGUGCGAGGUCGUCUUUACCCUUGGGGGAUUGUUGAAGUUGAGAACUCGGCCCACUGCGACUUUGUGAAGCUGAGGAACAUGCUGGUUCGAACUCACAUGCAGGACCUGAAAGACGUGACCCGGGAGACCCACUACGAGAACUACAGAGCCCACUGCAUCCAGAACAUGACACGCAUGGUUGUCAAGGAGCGCAACCGCAACAAGCUAACCAGGGAGAGCGGCACAGACUUCCCCAUCCCCGCAAUGGGCGACGUCGCCGACAGCCAGACGGAACAGCUGAUUCGGGAAAAAGACGAGGAGUUGCGGCGUAUGCAGGAGAUGCUGCAGAGGAUUCAGGAUCAAAUGCACACAAGGAAAGAUGCCUACUGACACACCGUGCAGCCUACUUGAACUUUCACCCCCGCCCAAUGACCUCAUCAACCUUAUCAGGGUCUUUCAUGCACUCAGAAAGAUGAGGUAAGAGUGUGCUACUCUGUAAAUAGCGCUUGUUCCCAAAACCUAAAAGAAGCCAAUUUUCUUGAAUCCGUCUAAUUUUCAUGGAAGGUCAUAUAUUUUUUUCUUGGUGCAGGUUUUUUUUUUUUUUUGUGAUUUAUUUGUACUAUAGAUCACAGCAUCAAAUGUCACAUUUUUUAAUACAGCACGAAAUGUUUUUUUUUUUUUUUUUU